AUGUCAGGACUGCGUUCUGAAGCAAACAUGCAGUACUUUCCAUAUCUCUUGCGCCUGUUUCAUGACACAGUUUCCGACGAAGACUGGCAAGUUUAUACUGACGCGGUAUGUUUCAUUGCCGCAGCCGAUAUUGCCAGAGAAUCUGGGGAGCAUCCAAAUGUUUUGGCCAGUAGAGUCGUGUUUUUCCCUGCUUAUAUCAAGCCCCGGUUCGUGCAGUUGUUGACCAUGCUGCGACCACGGUCUCUCGCAAUCUUGGCCCAUCUGAUCGCUAUUUCUUCGAGCGUCAAAAAUUGUUGGAUUAUCGAGCGGACUCCUGUUCGGGAGAUAAACGCCAUCCACGAAUAUCUUGGUCCUGAAUGGAGUCAAUAUACAGAAUGGCCAAUGAAUAUGGUACGCCAAAUGUCCGAGGGGGCAUAG